CCGCGGCGGCGGCGGCGGCGGUAAGAUGGCUGCCCACGGGGGCUCCGCGGCGUCGUCGGCGCUGAAGGGGUUAAUCCAGCAGUUCACCGCCAUCACCGGUGCAAGUGAGAGUGUAGGAAAACACAUGCUUGAAGCUUGUAACAACAACCUGGAGAUGGCUGUCACUAUGUUUUUGGAUGGAGGAGGAAUUGCUGAGGAGCCUAGUACCAGUUCAGCAAGCGUCUCUGCUGUCAGACCACACACAGAAGAAGAAGUUCGUGCUCCAAUUCCUCAAAAGCAAGAAAUAUUGGUGGAGCCAGAGCCUUUGUUUGGUGCUCCUAAAAGGAGAAGGCCAGCACGUUCAAUAUUUGAUGGUUUCCGAGAUUUUCAAACUGAAACUAUUAGGCAGGAACAGGAAUUAAGAAAUGGAGGAGCAAUAGAUAAGAAACUAACCACCCUUGCAGAUCUAUUCCGGCCCCCAAUCGACUUGAUGCACAAGGGCAGCUUUGAAACAGCCAAAGAGUGUGGCCAGAUGCAGAAUAAGUGGCUGAUGAUAAACAUUCAAAAUGUACAAGACUUUGCAUGCCAGUGCCUCAACCGUGAUGUAUGGAGCAAUGAAGCUGUGAAGAAUAUUAUCCGGGAACAUUUCAUUUUCUGGCAGGUUUAUCACGACAGUGAGGAAGGUCAGAGAUACAUACAGUUUUACAAGCUAGGGGAUUUCCCCUAUGUUUCCAUCUUAGAUCCACGGACAGGUCAGAAGCUAGUAGAGUGGCACCAGUUGGAUGUGUCUUCUUUCUUGGACCAAGUGACAGGGUUUCUGGGAGAACAUGGGCAACUGGAUGGACUUUCUAGCAGCCCCCCAAAAAAAUGUGCCCGAUCAGAGAGCCUCAUAGACGCUAGUGAAGACAGCCAACUGGAAGCUGCCAUCAGAGCCUCCUUGCAAGAGACACAUUUCGACUCGGCCCAGGGAAAACAGGAUAGCCGCUCAGAUGAAGAAUCUGAAUCGGAACUUUUUUCUGGCAGUGAGGAAUUCAUAUCGGUUUGUGGCUCUGAUGAAGAAGAGGAGGUAGAGAAUCUUGCUAAGUCCAGAAAGUCUCCUCAUAAAGAUUUGGGGCAUAGAAAAGAGGAGAACAGAAGGCCACUGACAGAGCCCCCAGCCAGAACUGAGCCUGGCACAGCCACAAACCAUCAAGGAUUGCCAGCCAUGGAUUCUGAGGUCUUGGAGAUGUCACCUGAAAAGUCAGAUGGAAUAGUGGAGGGGAUAGAUGUAAAUGGACCAAAAGCACAGCUGAUGCUGCGGUACCCAGAUGGAAAAAGGGAACAGAUCACUCUUCCAGAACAAGCCAAAUUACUGGCGUUGGUGAAGCAUGUCCAGUCUAAAGGAUAUCCAAAUGAACGUUUUGAACUUCUCACCAACUUCCCUCGGAGGAAGCUCUCUCAUCUGGACUAUGACAUUACCUUACAAGAGGCUGGCCUCUGUCCUCAAGAGACUGUCUUUGUACAGGAAAGAAAUUAACACCAUGGCCUGACCUCUCUCAGCUUACCCCUUUUCUCUUUUCCUGUGAGAUACCAUGUCACUAAGUAUGCAUUUUGGCUCAUAGGACUAACUGUAGAGCCAAAGCUGGGCAAGCAAGUCACCUGCCUUUUCUUUCUCUCUUUCUGUCACUUGUAAAUCAGUCUCCUUCCCCCUUAUCUCUGUUUUCUUUCUUCCUCCUUUUUCUCAGUUUGUUCUUUCUUACCAGAUGUGGUGACCAAAUGGAAGUGUAUGAAUAAGAAUAACAUCUCUCCUAGUACUGGUAGCACGAAAUGUGUGUUCUAACAAGUGCUCUUUUGCAUGACACCUUUUGGGGACCUAGUGAUGUUACUACUUCUAGACUCUGUUGACAAAGAAUGGCUAUAAUCAGAAUUAAAAACAGCCCCCAUUUUUGGUAGGAAAAAGAAAUUCUUUUAACAUGCAUUUUGUUCAUCAUGUAGGAAGAUGUCAUAAUAAAAUAUCCAGGCUUUUGUUUAUGUGAGAAAAGCAUCCUUUAAUACUGUUGGUCAUCAUAUUUAAAAAUUCCCUCAAGGAUUCCCAUCUUCUAGUUACAGACAAUUUCCAUUGUUGUGUGUUAUUGGCAGAAUCAGUGCUCAGUGUAUUGUGUGUAGCACAGGGUGGCUUUCAAUGUCCUAGCCUGAGACAGUUUCCUUUAUUAUUACUCUAUCAAUUAUAUUCCUCUUUCCAGUCCUAGGAUGAAACUUUAGUAAGAAUAUUGUGUCUGGGCUAGGAAGGUGCUUGCUGUUUUUGCCUGCACAGCAAAUUAGUUCCUUUGGCUCCAUUGUCUGAGUCUAAUGUAUUCUGUAGGAAGGCAGGUGUUCAAUAAUCAUGUAGUGCAAUGGCUUUGUAAUUGUAACUGCAAUUACAUUAACAAUUACACAAUAACAUUGGUUAUUGAUUGUCCUAUGUGCUUAAGGCAUACUUAAGUAUGUCCCAGCGUUGAGUGAGGUGGGAGGUGGGGACAAAAGCCUGCAGCUGGGAGUUGCUAACAAUGUUCUUUUGGUUAGAAAUACUGAUCGUUUUUUACCCCAAUUGGAAUAAUAUCUAAAAUGCUUUGGUAACUAAUUGACUUUAAUUCCUCAUGCUGUUUUAUUUUUAGAAAAUAUCAAAACUGAAAGUCUCUAAGAGGAAGACCUUCAAACUUGGUUCAUACGACAACAGUUAGAGAGAUUUCUAGUAAUCGUCAGAUGUGAGGUUUUUUUUCUGCCAACAAAAGUCACAUUCAAAUUGUAUUUGGUGAAAGCUUUUUUCAGUAUUAUUUAGAAGAGGCCACCUGAAUCUGUAUAGUCCUAUUCAUCAGCUUCACUGUAUGCUCAGUUCUUUCCUUUAGCUUUAAGUAGAGUUCUCUAGCAGGGCAGGUAGUGAUUUGGUGGGAAAACCAAAACUUGAUAAACUGCUUAUAAAACCAUUUCUAUAGAAUGACCUAUCUUGUCAGUUGGAGAUUUUUCAGUGAUCCUUGAACCUGUACACAAUCUAAAUUGUGAUGACUCAGAAACCUUUGGAUGCCUGUGUACGUGCAGAUCUCUCUCGGCAAGUAGGGGGUUAAAAAGAUAAGCUAAAGAGACGUGCUGUGUUGCUAGUAUGCAAUUAUAGAAUGUGGUUGUUAAUGGCUGGAUUUUGAGGGACCUCCCUAAAGAAUGAGUUAUGUAUCUCCACAAGGAAAUCAUGGAAAAUUUUGUUAUUUUUCAGUGAGUCCUUUUGAAUUAAUGUUUUUACAUUUUUUUCUAAGUCUGUGUAAGUACUUAUGUAUAAGUAUAUAAUUGUAUAAAUAUUUAUAAAUAUAUUUAUAUAAUUACAAUUUCAUUUAUACCUUGAGUCAAAGUUCUCUCUUUUGAUUGGUGACUGAACAAUACCACUUUGGUGUUUUUCAUAGUGCUUGAGGCUUAACCAACAGUUUGGAUUUAUUUAGCAAGCAUGUUAAUUCCUCAGUUGUAUCUCUGAACUUGAGUAAAAUCUGGCUGUCUGAGGAAUAGAGUCUUAGAGGCUUAAAAAACCAGUAGUCAAGGUCAGCAGUCUUAUGCUUCAGGAGCCACAGGGUAAAACGUGAGAGAGUAACCAGCUUCGCCACACGGGCACCAUCUCCUCUGCUGGCACAGGUCCAGCUAAAGCCCAAGUCCAUCAGAAAUAUGAAGUCAAGAAUUUUCCCUUAGAGGACUCUGCUGCAUCCUCUUAUCCUGUUAAAUUAGGUUCUCUAUAUACGGUAAAACCUUUCUUGAGAACCUGAGGCAGGAUGUUCAGAAGUGAGAGGGUAUAGAGUUCUUUACGUGCUUAGCACUGGCAAAUCCAUUUAUGAGAAACCAAAGUAAGAUAAGCAAGUAUAUAUGUGAGUUAAGAGAACAUGGUGUUAUGUACCUAUAGAGCUUAGUCAGGAUGCUCAGCUGAAGGGGACUUUAUUUAACGUUGACAAGGCGUAUGAUUAUCAAGGCUGGCCCAUGGGAGGAAGGGUUAUGGAUUAUACAUGAGAGAAAUAAGUGGGGAUAUUUCCUUGCUUGAGAAUUUAAUCUGCAUAAGGAGUUUGCCUUAGUUCCUCUGCAAGUUAUAUUCUAUCAGAGAGCUUUCACUGGACAGUCAGGUGAGGUCUGUGAGGUGAGUUAAAUAAUGUAGUGACUCCCUGUAUGUAGUAGAAACAGCUCAAAAGUUGUUUUUAAGUAAGGAGGAAAGGGACAAGAUAGACUUGAGUGACAUAUAGAAGGUAUGGAAACUUGUAGGGAAAGUGAAAGGAGAGCUUUGUGUACUGGGGGGAGAACAGUGCCAGGGCAAGGGAGCAGCUAGCAUGUGUGGUGUGUACUCUGUGUACGUUUCCUCCUUCAGUCUUCAUGCAGUCCUUACACAGUAUAUAUGCCUUCUACUCAUUUAUAAAUGUGGAAGAAAACUAGAAUUCAUACAGCGUGUUCAGUAUGUCGUGCUAGUAAGGGCCAAAUUAAAAUUAGAGCCCAGAGUCUGUCCUUGCCUUGUGUGCUGUGUUGUUCUAUGUCAGUUGUUAUUAUUACUACUCUAAGGUCAUCUUACUAUUAUUUAGAUUUAUAAAUUAAGGGUCUUUGUUUAUUUAAAGAUGGAAGUAGUAUUUGGGGUCAAGAUUAUGGAUUUGCACUACCCUAUAAAAAUCUUAAUUAUGCCGUUUUAAAGAGAAGAUACAAUUAUUUUUUUCUGGUAGAUUAUCCACAAUAGAUUAUUAAACAACUCUUUGUUUUUAUACCAUGUUUUAUCUUGUAUCCAAAUAUACUGUAUUAGUGCACUAUUGAGUAUGUAAUCAAAAGUUGGAAAUAUUUUGAAAGCUAAGAUCUUGUUUGACUAUUUUUAUUUAGUUAGGGAGUCAUCUAUAUACAUGAAUAACAACUAGAAGGUGAAUUUAUCUCUUUCAGGAUUAAACUGUUACUACAGUAGGAACUUAGGAGAAAAGGGUAGUGUAAGUUUAGUUAGGGAUGUCUUCGUAGAAAAGAAAGACUUUUGUGGCAAGCACUGUAGCUCAUUCUUUGACUCCACCUCCUGUAAAUACUAGAUUUGAAGCAUGAAAUGUAUCAGUAAGGCAAGACCUUUGCCCAGGUACCAAAGGAUGUUGAUCUCCAGUACUAAAAAUCCCUUUAAUUAGCAAGGAUCUCACUUGAACACUUAAGAAAAAUAUCAAAGGGCUUUUGAAAAUUCAGGCAAGAUUUCUCUGCCUGGGUACACUGCAUGGUGUUUGGAACUAAGAAGAGCCUGCCUGGUGGGUCAGUGCCCCCACUGUCGGGAACAGCUUUUCUUCUUCUGAGUCUUGGAUUUUUUAUUUUUUUUUAAACUGGAAUUGAACUAGAUUACUAGUUCUUUGUCUUUUCAAGUCAGAGGACUUUGGAUGUUUGAAGUUUUGACCUGAAUGGGGAGUGCUAGGGUCAACUACUAACAGAGUCAAUCUCAUGGAGGAAGUGUAAAUGUGCACCUGGAGUCACAGCCCUACGAAGAACUAUGUCCACCCCAAAGUUUUAAGCAUCUAGUUAUUUAAUGACAUCCUCAGACUAAUUAAAAGUAUACAAACUAUACUUGCUAACCAGGUCCUUUGGGGUUUUUCCCUGGAUUCAAGGAUCUUUUGUCCAAUCUUUUACAGACCUCAUUGUAAUGACUGAAAUCCCUCAGUACAGUAGUUACAGAACUAGUGAUCUUUAAACAGCCAGUUAUCUAUUUUUUAAAAAUACUGUAAGCCUAAUGAAUUUUUUAAAUGUCUUAAAUGUAAUGAAUGCAGAACAGAUAAUGUUUCCAAUACUGGAGCUGUAUUUGUGUGCUUUAAGCUAAGGACUGGCAGUUACAAAGCUGAAUUGUGUGAGUUGUGAAGUUCAGACUAGGUUUGGGCAGAUGUGACCUUUUCAAGAUUUUCAUCAAGUUAAUAUUUAAAAAUAGUUCUUGUCCCAUGGAAUGGAUCUUCAUCUCACCUUUUAGAGAUCCUUCAUUUAUGUACUUGAUAGUAAGUUUCAGAGUACAAAAUUAUGAGUAAUGCCUUGUGUAAAACUAAAACUUGAAAAGUAAUGAGGGUAGGAAGAGCCAGCCCUGUGAGGGCUCACACUUCCCCGGCAGGCGUAGGCUGCUUCCAGGCAGUCGCUCUGCCUCCCGAGUUACUCCCAGUCCCUGAACAGACACCCAGGCCCUGUGAGCGCCACUGGUUUGCCUUACUGAGCAUUGCGGUUCUUUACUGUGAAACUUAAGAGUACCUAGUCCACAUUAGAGUGGGGCAAAAAUGUUCUUCAGAGCUCAGAAUAACCAAAGAGUACCAUUCUGAUAUGUUGAUUUCUCGUAUAAUACAGAGAUUUAAAUGCUUCAGUGGUGAUUAUUUGGAUUUUAAACUCACCUUUGUGUCAGUUCUCCUAAUGAGACAGCUUAGAAUUAAAGGUAUUUGGCUUAUUUAAGAACAGAGGUUAUCAUAGCUUUGGUCAAGUUUUGUUUUGUUUUUAGAGACAGGGUUUCUCUAUGUAAUAACCCUGGCUGUCCUGGACUCGCUUUGUGGACCAGGCAGGCUGACCUCAAACUCAUAGAGAUCUGCCUGCCAGGUGCUGUGACUAAAGGUCUGUGCCACCACACCUGGCUGGUUAGUUUCUUUAUUAAGGAACUCAGGUGAUAUGAUGGAUAUGAUGAAACCCUGAAGUAUAACAUCAGUUUAAUCCUUUAGUCCAUUUGGGGGUGGGAGUGUCUUUUAUUUUGUUUUCAAACGUUCUUACAUAGUUCAGGCUAACCUCUCCUCUUUUUUUUUUUUCCUUUGAGACAAGUUUUCUUUAUCUAGUCCUAGUUGUCCUGGAUCAGGCUGACCUCUUCAGUGACUGUGUAGUUAGUUGAACAUAACCUUGAACCUCUGGGUCCUCCUUGGGUUAAAGUGAGCCACAUGCCUGUCUCUUCUUCGUUCUUUACUUAAUUCCUCCAAAAUUGGUCAUGAAAUUUAAGACACUUAGCUAUGCUUUUAAAAUUAUAUUUCUAAGCCUUAAUGUAUAUUUCUCAUUUUUAUAAAUUAAUAUAGAAGAGAAUAUUUUGAGGCAAACACCGUUUUUACAACUCAUUUCUUCCCUAAGGAGAAUUCUUGUUCCAAGUAAGAGAAUGGCUGGCUCUGUGAUAAACCUCCAAGGUAGUUGGUUUGGUUGGUUGGUUGGUUACAGGUUGCCCUAACUAAAUCUCACCAUUUCCAUAAACAUUUUGUUUUUUAAAAACACAACUCCUGAACCAGUGCUUAGUUUUAAGCACAUUCAUUAGCCCAGACUGGCCUGGAGCUCACUAGCCCUAGGUUGGCCUUGAGCUCUUCUGGGAUUAGAGGGGCAAGCCACUACACCUGGUUUAACCUGAUUAAUUUUGACCAUGUUUUUAAUAUGGCCUGUAUGCCAUAUAAUCCCAAAAUAAACUUGGGUGAUCCAUAUAAAUUACUUUAUUAAGCAUGAUGAAGAAGUUAUUAAAAUUUGCUUGUGGGACUGGAGAGAUAGCUCUUAGCUUAGCAGGUAAGACCACUUGUUCUUGCAGAAGUCCUAGGUUUGAGUCCCAGCAACCAUAUAGCAGCCCACAACUGUCUAUAACUCCAGUUCCAAGCAGUGCAACUCUUCUGAGUCUGAGGCCACCAGGCACGCACACAGGAAGGAAGCUGAGGCAGGAGGAUUGCUAGUUCCAUGUCAACCUGAAGUUAUAUACCAAAACCUUAACUUAAAAUCCUCUUUGUCUCUCCCUUCUGUAAUACACCCGUGGUUUGCUGUGCUGUGAGUUUGUACAUUGCAUUGCUCUUCUAACCCCAGUUAGCUAUCACUGUCCUUUCAAGAACUACAAUUAAAGCUAUUAACAUGCCACAUGCAGGUGUCUACAGUAACACAAGUCUCAUUGCUCUGAAAGAAAAGAGUGAGAUAUAGAAGCAUUGGUUUAUAUUUUGCUUAUGCUUGGUUUUAUAAGAAGCUAGCAGGUGAGAUGGCUCAGCAGUUAAGAGCACUGGCUGCUCUUGUAGAGGCCCUGGGUGGGUUUAGUUCUCAGUCCUCACACAGUGGGCCACCACCUUCCAUAACUCCAGCCCCAGGGGUCCAGUGCUAUCUUCUGACCUCUGUAGACUUCGAUACCACUAGACAUGCAUGUGGUACACAUGUGUACAUGCAGGCAAAACAGUCAUAUGUAUAAAAUAAAUGAAAAUAAACAAGUGUUUAAAGACUUGCUCACAUAUUAGAGAUGUGAUGUGAAUACCAAUGGUAGUAUUUUACCUAAGGACAGUCACAUUAGUCUAUAAGUAUGGGAAGUUACAUUGCUGCACUUAAUUCUUUGGCAGCAAGCAGGAGACUUUUAAUGUGUAAUGGUACAUCUGGCAACUAAGAUUGUAAAGGCCUUAGAAGGUCACUUAGGUUUUCAAAUGAGAAAGAGAAGAGUCAAGCUAAACUAGAAAAAUAGGACGUACCGAAUGAACUGUCUUCACCAGAGAAGAAGCUAUGGGCCGGUGUGUAGCUCAGGACCCUUGUGUGCAUCCCCAGGGUUACUAAGAAGAAAAGUUUUUAUCUAACUGGGACAGUGAGAGUCCUGUAUUGGUCAUCAAAAAUUGGGAACUGUUUUAAAUGAGAUAAGUUCUGACCUAAAGUUGAAUUUUCCUUUUCUCAAAAUAUUUACUCUUAUUCAUGGUCUCAUCUGGGAAUCUUAACUAAUAGGGAACCAUUCACUAACUCCUUGGUUUCUUUCCUGCAUCAAGAUAACUGAUGGUAUAGUACGUGUCACCAGAAUGAUUUUCAGGCUAAUGACAUUAGAAUAUUUAUAUUCAGCUGGAAAUCUUGUUUUCAACAGAAUGAGUUUAUGGUAUGCUUUUCUCGAAGCUGCUAUGUUCUCAAUGAAAAAUAAUAAAUACUAAGUCGUAUGACUCAAAAUACAAAUAGGCUCAUGAAACUAACCUUACGCUCUAAGUUGUGCGGACGCUCUGCCUGCCUCUAGAAUCCCCAUGUUAGCAGCUAAUUAAAGUAUCAGUAUCAUGGGACCUCUAGCCUCAGACAUCAGAAGUGAGUGCUACCCGAUAGUGACGUGCUGAAGACUUCGGAGGCUUCUCUCCAAGUUUUGGCAUGAAUGUUUUAGACACUAGUUUUUCACUCCUGAGAAUUCUUUUUUUCCCAGACAAUUUUUCUGUUGGUUUUUAAAGAAAUUCUAAGCAUCUAGAUGUCUUUUUUCCCCCUUCUCUUUAACUGUUAAGAAAGUCGUCUUUCCAGUGUUGUUCUAUGUAAACUUCAGGAGUAUUUGUGGGUUUUGCAUGUUUUGUAUGAGUUCAGUUUAAACAAUGCAUUUAAAUCACCUGGGAUGUCCAACUCUGGCACGUCCUCACUGUUUGUGUUUUAAACAUGUCUCAUGUGUUUCCAAACCUCACUUGGUAUCUUACUUGAGAUCAUUGAAGUUGAUUUGGGAUAUUUGCUUUACAAGUGUUUUUUCAAGCAGUUCUUCACACUGUGUUUAGAUGUUUCCUGGGCUGUUUAUAUGCUCAGUUUGCCCUGGACAAAGUGGUGGUCUUACUAAGAUUUAAAUUCUUAAUACAAGUUCUACGUUUAAUAUAUAGUUCAGCUUGUUGCUGAAUCCAAGACAAUGGUAAUGCUAAUUCUUGUGGUGUGUUCCUGACCAGUGCCCUCUAGUAUGCUUGUGAGUUUCCAGGUUUCUUCCCACAGUGCUAGGAGAUCAUUUACUGUUAUAAAACUUUUCCAAAUUGGAAUGAAGGCUGUGAGAGAAACAAGGUGGGGAAAUCACGCCAUCCACUGCAGUAUCUGUUCAAGGUGCAUGAAAGACCCUCCCAAAUAUCUAGUGAUUGUAAAGGUGCUAGGGGGAGCCUGAAUCCAAAGGAACACACAGAGGCAGGAGAGCUAGGACUCCUGGCUAAGACUCCCUGGACUCCACUGCUCUGUACCUAGGGUAUGUUAGACACCUCCCUAUUAUGUUUCCAUGGACACACAUAGGCUAUUAUAGGCACGUGCUUUCUGAAGUGAGGAUCUCUCUGUUGAAGAUUUAUUUCCUAGUUUGGGCUGUACCAAAUUGUGAAUACUCGCUGUGUUGUACCCAGUUGCUUUAUAUUAAUACUGCAACUUGAAUUGGGGAGGGUGGGUGGGGCAGCAGGGUGUGGGAGGGAGGGUAGUGGAAUAAAGUCUUUUGAAGACAUCAGCUCACUGUGCUGAGAGAGGGACCAAACUCAAGGAAACCUCUGAUCUAUAAAUUCAACUGCUGCAUUUUUUUAUAAAUACAUGUAAAUGUCCUGUUGUAAUAUUUGAUCUUGGAAAUAAAAACAAAAACUUUUCAGUAUUA